AUGGAUGCCUUCACCUCCAACACUAAAAGAUUUGCUGGAGUGAAGGAGUGGAUCUUCAGACUGGCUGGCUUAGUUUUUAGCGUCUUAUCUUCGGGAUGUGGAAUAAUCCUUGCAAACAGCAAAUACUGGCGUCUCUGGGAAUUCAACGACAAGAUGGUUCAGCUUGUGUACAUCGGACUCUGGGAAGCUUAUUACUAUCGAGAAUUUAACAUCUCUGGUACUAUGACCAGAAUUCUGGUGCACAGCCCUAUCAACUCAGAUUGGACCAUUUCACCUGAAUUUCGAUGUGCCCAGAGUCUGAUAUUACUGGCAAUGCUGAUAAAACCUGUCGUGGUGAUUUUUAGCUCAGCAGCCAUUAGGGUCAGCAUUAUCAGUGCCUCAGUCCAUAAGAUUCAAAUACUGUGCUACAUGUGCUGUAUCCCAAUUCUGUUUCUCAGUAGCCUUUGUACCAUUAUUUCAGUGACCUUGAACUACGUAGUAGAUAUCUUUGGUGAAACCACCCUUGACUUUCCACACACCUUUCCAGUUAACAAAAUAGAUCUGAUUAAGAAACACAGAACCCAAGUGGUCCCAUUAGGUGUCCUGACAGCCACUUUUUCCCUUCUUGGUGUGAUUAUGUUCCUUUGUGAGGUCAGGUCAUUGAAAGCACAGUAUAACAUGAAGGCCAAGCUUUCUUCCAAACAGGUGGACCAAAGGCCAGAAAUAAGGGUGUUGGUGCUUUCAAGUUGUGGCAGGGGACUCCAUGGCCAAAUUUCUACACUGACGUGA